GAACUGAAUGUGACAGAUUGUAAACAGAUGGCUUGUUUGUGUGUGUCAGUUGCACUUGGGUGAACUGCCAAUCCGCAUCAAUUUACUAAGAUGUUGUGCCCUGGGGAGGGACGUCCUGGUGCCACCUUGCAUUUAUCACUCGCUGAAUUACUGCCUUCCAGACUGCAGUGAUUUAAUUGAGACACUUGUCUGAAUGAGACAACACCUGUUCUAGACAGCACUGUUUGUCCUCACCUUACCCAGUGCUGAUACUGAUAGCUGGCAUAGCGGUCAGUUCUCAUUAGGGUCUUGAUAAACAACACUGGCUCAUAAAGUGGCAAUCCUGGAAGGGAUUCAUGCCUUUGUGCACCAUCUGAUUUGCUACACUUCCUUUUGGGUUCAGACAGCAAAUGUUUCGUCUUUGGUGCCCUCAGGCCUUUCGAUCCUGCCGUGUCUACCCUCACACACGUAAGGAAUUGGACCAUCCGCUCCACCCCUCUGCUUCUUCUGUGUCUCAAAAACUGUCAAGGUGAUGGAGGUUCUGGAGGUUGAGGGCAUAAGCCCUGCCCUCGAGGCCACUGAGGACUACUUGCACUGCCUCGAUGACAAUCAAGGAGAUGGCCAGGUAUGUCUGCCCAAGCAUAAAGAGGCCUCCACCUUGGAUAAGUUAAACUCCAGUGGGGUGUGGGGGCUACUGACAGGAAAGCAAUCUGAGAUCUCACCCAACAAUAUGGCCUGGGCAGAGCAGACAUCUUUCACCGUGCUUGGCCUGCGACAUGGAAGAAGGAACCGGGCAAGAUCUACCAACGAUUUGGCGGCUCAUGCCAAAGAAACAAACUCUACCAUCAAUACAUGCAGCAGUGGCUUCAAACGUGGCCACAACCGCUCCCGUUCAGACGUCAACAACCGCACUUACACCGAUAAUGGCAUGCCUGCCAUUGACAAAAAUACACUCAAGAACAUGUCACUGAAUGACCACAGAGAUGCUCAUAAGGAAAGCAGCCCUAGCCUGGUGAAGCAGGGAACUCUGGAGCAGAGAGAGGGUCCAUGGGGACGCUGGACCUCCUGUCAUGUGGAGCUUACACACUGUGAGCUGCGUCUCUACAGCCUGGACAGCAGUGGCAACCAGCAGCUAUGUGCUGCCCUCUCACUUUCCCACUGCCAAGGAGUGAGCACGCCCCAGCCACAGGAUGGACGUGUACUGCAGGCUGUCUUCUUCAACAGCACUCGUGUGCAGUUACGUGCAUCCUGCCAGUGGGAGGCACUGGAGUGGCGUAGACUCCUCUGGGAACGCGUCUUGGCUGCCCGUCCAGCCAAUCGCAAAGGGGAGCCAGCCCAUGCCAACUCCCCUACCCUUCACGAACCCCAUCCAGAUGUGGUGACGGUGCCAGUCCCUCGACCCCUGGUACGUCCCACGGCCCUUCCACUGUUCACCCAACACUGUGCUGAUGUUCUUAAGGCUGGCCUUCUGCACCAACUCACUGACCUCAACAACUGGAGGCCCUUAACCUUUGUACUGAGCCGCACUGAGAUGCAGGCCUUUCCAACCGAGGGAAGAGGCCCAGUAUCGGAGCCAGUGUUCAGGUACCCGCUGGCUUCCUGUCUGGCUGUGCAGCGGGAUUAUGAAGACGGAGACACCAGCUCCCGCUUCCAAGUGGUCUUCCCUGAUAAUGUGCUGAGCUUGCGGGCAGAGAGCGAGUCCAAGGCCCAGGACUGGGUGGAGGCAUUGCACACGGCAGUGAUGCCUCAGAGACCACAGUCGGAGAAUAACCAAGUGGUGAUAAGGAGUAAGUCGGUCAGGGAGCAAUGGCACAGGGAGGACCAGAGAGCCAAACGGCAGUCCGUCACCACUAGCUUUCUCAGCAUCCUUACCUGUCUGGCUGUGGAAAAGGGUCUCACGGCACAAAGCUUCCGAUGUGCAGGAUGUCAGAGGCCAGUGGGUCUGUCACGGUGCGAGGCCAAAGUUUGCUCUUACAGCGGCUGGUACUACUGCCCAAGUUGUCACCAGGACAACCUCUUCCUCAUACCUGCUCGCCUGCUCCACAACUGGGACACUAACAAACACAAGGUGUCAAAACAAGCAAAAGAGUUUCUGGAGUUUGUUUAUGAGGAGCCCUUGUUAGAUGUCCAGCAGUUGAACCCGUGUCUGUAUGAGCAUUGCGAGGCGUUGGCGGCCGUUCUCAAACUGAGACAACAGCUCCAGUCUCUCAGGGCUUACCUCUUCAGCUGUCGGGCCACAGUGGCAGAAGACCUCCGCCGCAGGAUCUUUCCGAGAGAAUACCUGUUACAGCAUGUGCACCUCUACUCAUUGUCAGAUCUGCAGCAGGUCAUAGAUGGAAAGCUUGCUCCCUUCCUCUCUAAGGUGAUCAAGUUUGCCAGCUCUCAUGUCUAUAGCUGUAGUCUGUGCCGGGAGAAGAGCUUCAUCUGUGAGCUCUGCCACACUGGCCAGGUCAUCUAUCCCUUCCAGGACAAUGCCACUAAAAGGUGCGAGGGCUGCGGUGCCGUCUUCCAUGCCGAGUGCCGGAUGCGAGCUCAGCCUUGCCCACGAUGUGUGCGCAGAGAACUGCACAAGAAGCCGGCGUCAUUCUGGAAGAGACACGGCCCUCACGACAGCCCUGAUGAUGAGACGCUGGACUGCUUUGAGCUGGACACCUGAGACGGUUUAUCGAGAGCGGUGCCAAGCACACUGCACUAAUAAAGUCCUAGUGCUGCUGCAUCCAA